UGAGCGAACCUUUAGAACUCUGAGACAGACAAUAUUCUGUUACAUUGUAGCAAAAUGGCGACUGUCAUUCACAACCCCCUGAAAGCGCUCGGGGACCAAUUCUACAAGGAAGCCAUUGAGCACUGCCGGAGUUAUAACUCGCGGCUGUGCGCGGAGCGCAGUGUGCGGCUCCCCUUCUUGGAUUCGCAAACUGGGGUGGCCCAGAACAACUGCUACAUAUGGAUGGAGAAGAGGCAUCGAGGCCCAGGCCUUGCUCCAGGCCAGCUGUACACAUACCCUGCCCGCUGCUGGCGUAAGAAGAGACGAUUGCACCCGCCUGAGGAUCCAAAGAUGCGGCUGCUGGAAAUAAAGCCUGAAGUGGAGCUGCCCCUGAAGAAGGAUGCGUUCACCUCAGAGAGCACCACGCUGGAAGCCUUGCUCCGAGGUGAAGGGGUUGAGAAGAAGGUGGACGCCAGAGAGGAGGAGAGCAUCCAGGAAAUACAGAGAGUUUUGGAAAAUGAUGAAAAUGUAGAAGAAGGAAAUGAAGAAGAGGAUUUAGAAGAGGAUAUUCCUAAGCGAAAGAACAGGACCAGAGGACGGGCCCGUGGCUCUGCAGGUGGCAGGAGGAGGCAUGACCCCGCCUCUCAGGAAGACCACGACAAACCCUAUGUCUGUGACAUCUGUGGCAAGCGCUACAAGAACCGGCCAGGACUCAGCUACCACUACGCUCACACUCACCUGGCCAGUGAGGAGGGGGAUGAAGCCCAAGACCAGGAGACCCGGUCCCCACCCAACCACAGAAAUGAGAACCACAGACCCCAGAAAGGACCGGAUGGGACAGUCAUUCCUAACAACUACUGUGACUUCUGCUUGGGGGGCUCUAACAUGAACAAGAAGAGUGGGCGGCCCGAGGAGCUGGUGUCCUGUGCAGACUGUGGACGCUCUGCUCAUUUGGGAGGAGAAGGCAGUAAGGAGAAGGAGGCAGCGGCCGCAGCACGCACCACGGAGGACUUAUUCGGUUCCACGUCAGAAAGUGACACCUCAACUUUCCACGGCUUUGAUGAGGACGAUUUGGAAGAGCCUCACUCCUGCCAAGGACGCCGCAGUGGCCGGGGUUCGCCCACAGCAGAUAAAAAGGGCAGUUGCUAAACCCACGAAUAGACUCGCUGGGCAAUUAGCCAUCACCCUCUGACUUUGGUCAUUGUUCUGGUUCUGAUAUAUUUUUUUAAAAUGAAAGACAACUUUAGGUUUUCUCUUCAUCCUUGCUUUUUCCUCUUACCUUCCACGCACCCCUUACCCCUUUCCCUUUGUUUUGAGUAUGUACAGCAGAAGCACAAACUACUGAAACACAACAGGACAGAAGAGCCCAGUAGUCCCUCAGAAAGAUGCAUUGUGAUGUGCUAUUUAUUUUCCAGAGAAGUGGGAGGUUAGGCGAAAUAUCUCUUUUGGGGGUGGGGGGAGGGGAUCUUUUUGACAGGAACAGAAUUGAUUUCCUCAGUUUUCAUAUUUAUUGGCAAAAUGAAGAGAGGAGGAACAUUGGGGUUUGGAAACAAAGAACCAAUUACAUUAAAUAAAUUAUUAUUUAUAUAUUCUAACUACUAGAAACUGACUUUUUUUUUGAGAGAGGGAAUGAAGGGAAAUCAAAGAACCUGAAGUAAUAUCUGUUUAGAAGAAAGCCACCAGGGGGAGGAUUGGUUCAGGGAGACCCUGUCGGGGGGGUUUCCCCGACGGGAGGUGAUCGCACUUUUGGCACCCCACGGCGUUUGUGGCUCCCCACGGCAGACCCCUCCCCGUGUCUCCUCCCUGGCCUUUCCAUCCUCCUCCCUGCUUGCGAGGAGACGGCAGCAGUUUCCGAGAAGUCCCAGCUGCCGUGCGCGGCCUCCCUCCAGCGCCGGGGGCCCCGUGAGGUGCCUCCUGGGCUCCUUUUCCUCAGCGUAGCCACUGUCCGGUGGGUGCUGGUUUUCCUCACUUUCCUCCUGGUGAAGAGCAACUUCCAGAGGCAGGAGUGGAACGUAAGCAGAAAGUCAUGGACUCAGCAGUGAGAAAACCACCUGAGGCUGCACUUGUGGAAGAAAGAAUGAUGCUUGAAGUGUGUUUCCCUCCCCCCCUUGCCCCUGUUUACAAACAUAUAAAUUCCCGCUGGAUGAUGGAGCCUCCCGUAUUUCUUCUAUUUUUUAUAGUGCCCUCCAGGCACUUUGUUUUAUGUUUCCAGUAGCAUCUCCUGAAAUAAACCAAAGCCACACUUGAUCAAGGCCCCUGGGGCAAUGGAGAAGACCGUCCACCUUGUUGGCAGACCCAGGAAUGAACCUCUCUGCAGUCCUGGUCAAAAGUCAACUCCCUGACCCGGGGACUCCGCAUCCUUCAAUCAAGCCAUUUCCGAAGAAGGCGAAAAGAAGGCACGAUGAUUUGCACCUCCUCCUCCUCCUCUUCUUCUUCCUCUUUCCUUGCCCAGCCCCCUCCUGCACCUGUUUCAGCCAACAGAGGAGCUUGGAUUGUGGGAAAGCCUCCUCAGCACAGCUCAGCUCAGCUCAGGAAAGUCGGGAAUGGCCUAAGUUUGUGCAACAUGAAGAUCUUUUUUCCUUUUUAAAAUUCUCCGUUACAUUUUCUUUAAAUGUCUGUGAGGAAGUGCCAGCUCAGAAUGGAAUUGCUCUACAACAGAAGUAACCGAAAACGAUCUGAUGGGGAAAAAAAGAGUUAACUAUUUUAUUUAUUUCACUGUUUAAGAGAAAAAUGCGCUGAUGUGGCACAGUAUUUUUAUUUAAAGUAACUUCUUCUUGAAAAAUGAAAAGAAACUUUGUGAAGACAUGAAGUCAAAAGAGUACUUAAUGUAAAAUAAAUCCGCAUAUUAACUCUAAGGAAAAAUACCCCGCAUUCAUAUUAAGAAAAUAAAGCUCAACUCUGCUUUCUCAGGCUCUGUGAAAAGCCAUUCAUAUAUGUGCUUUAGGUAUUUUUGUUUCUGCAAGUUGGAUGUGGUAAGUGAGGAGUGGUCAGUUUUCUUUUUUCCUUCUUCAAAAGUCUAUGGAAAGUGUUGGUGAUGUUCAAUGAUUGUGUUAAGCCUUGACUGAAAUAAAUUAGCCACCAAGGC